GCCAGGUGGAGGCUUGUGUGUAAGAAGUGGGGUUCUGCAAAAUAGAACGUCCAAUUUCUCUCAUUUCAGUGUCCUUUCUAAUUCCUGUUACAAUUUUCUUAUUUGCAGCAUAUUAGUGUCCACCUAAUUUUCUUUUCUUAAUAUUUUAUUUUAUUUUAUUUAAUAAUAACUUUAUAUUGACAGAAUCCAUGCCAGGGUAAUUUUUUUUACAACAUUAUCACUUGUACUCGUUUCUGUUCCGAUUUUUCCCCUUCCUCCCUCCACCCCCUCCCCUAGAUUGUCCACCUAAUUUUCACAAGAGACUCCCAGCAGUUAAGUAGCCCUCAAAGGAUCUAAACCACAAACUGGGUACUCCCCUAAAGGGUUAAGGGGGGGGGGGAAGAGAAAGCACCACGUGAUCCCGUUCCCAAGUAAUUUAUGCUGACGCAACUGGAAGGGAAAAAUGUGUGAAAUUCAUAAAAGCCCCAAAGUUUCCCCAGGUGCUCAACCAGCGAUGUCCCCUAGGAUUGUACCCAGUAUGUCUUGGUUUAGUGGUGUCCUGGUGCCAAAGGUAGAUGAGCGGAAGAUGGCAUGGGGUGAACAAAAUGGACAGAAGCGCCCACACCGAGGAACCAGGAGCAGUGGCUUUUGUGGUGCCCACUACAUGAGCUAUCUCCAGGAUGCUGAGCCACCAAGCCCCACUCUUCCAGCCCCUUCACGGUGUCUGUGGCAGGAUGAUGCCUAUUCCCAAAUUGGAGGGAAGGAAUUAGGGCUGAGGAGUGUGGCCCUGGACUUAGAGGACAAUGAGGCGGCAGCACUCAAUGGGAUGCCUGGAAGUGCAAGUUCUUGUUGGCAACAUCUGGCAAGGGUGUUUCAAUCAAAACAGUUUCGAUCAGCUAAAUUGGAACGGCUCUACCAACGCUAUUUCUUCCAAAUGAACCAGAGUAGCUUGACCUUGCUGAUGGGGGUGCUAGUACUAUUGACAGCUGUCCUUCUGGCUUUCCACGCUGCCCCUGCUCACCCUCACCCUGCCUAUGUGGCACUCCUGUCUGGGGCUGCUGCUCUCUUUGUGGCCUUGAUGGUGGUAUGUAACCGUCCUGGAUUUCACCAGGAUUCCAUGUGGGUGGUGAGCUAUGUAGUGCUGGCCAUUCUGGCUGCUGUGCAGGUGGGCAUGGCUUUGGUGGCUUCCCCUCAAAGUGCCUCAGCUGGGCUGUGGUGCCCGGUGUUCUUUGUUUACAUCACUUAUACCCUGUUACCUGUCCGAAUGAGGGCAGCUGUGCUGAAUGGCCUGGGACUCUCAGUUCUCCACCUGCUUGUCACCUGGCAGCUCAACAAAGGUGACACCUUCCUCUGGAAGCAGCUCAGUGCCAACGUGCUCCUGUUCCUCUGUACCAAUAUCAUUGGCAUAUGCACGCACUAUCCAGCUGAAGUGUCUCAACGUCAGGCCUUCCAGGAGACUCGAGGCUACAUCCAAGCCCGGCUACACCUUCAGCAUGAGAACCGGCAGCAGGAGCGACUACUGCUCUCAGUCUUGCCCCAACAUGUUGCCUUGGAGAUGAAAGAGGACAUAAACACCAAGAAAGAGGACAUGAUGUUUCAUAAGAUCUAUAUCCAGAAGCAUGAUAAUGUCAGCAUCCUGUUUGCUGACAUCGAGGGCUUCACCAGCCUGGCCUCCCAGUGUACUGCACAGGAAUUGGUCAUGACCCUUAAUGAGCUCUUCGCCCGAUUUGAUAAACUAGCUGCGGAAAAUCACUGCCUACGGAUCAAGAUCUUGGGGGACUGUUACUAUUGUGUCUCUGGAUUACCAGAGGCCCGUGCUGACCAUGCCCACUGCUGUGUGGAAAUGGGUGUGGACAUGAUCGAGGCUAUCUCGUUGGUGCGGGAGGUCACAGGUGUGAAUGUAAAUAUGCGUGUGGGUAUCCACAGUGGUCGUGUACACUGUGGUGUUCUAGGCCUUCGGAAAUGGCAGUUUGAUGUCUGGUCCAAUGAUGUUACCUUGGCAAAUCACAUGGAGGCUGGAGGCCGGGCAGGCCGGAUCCACAUUACCAGGGCCACUCUGCAGUAUCUAAAUGGUGACUAUGAAGUAGAGCCUGGCAGGGGUGGUGAGCGGAAUGCCUAUCUCAAAGAGCAGCAGAUUGAGACCUUCCUGAUUCUGGGGGCCAGUCAAAAACGGAAGGAGGAAAAAGCCAUGUUGGCAAAGCUACAACGGACUCGAGCUAACUCCAAUGAGGGACUGAUGCCACGUUGGGUGCCAGAUCGUUCCUUUUCUCGAACCAAGGACUCUAAGGCUUUCCGCCAGAUGGGCAUCGAUGAUUCAAGUAAAGACAAUCGUGGUGCCCAGGAAGCCCUGAACCCAGAGGAUGAGGUGGAUGAAUUCUUGGCUCGUGCCAUUGAUGCCCGAAGUAUUGAUCAGUUGCGCAAAGACCAUGUACGUCGAUUCCUUCUCACCUUUCAGACUCCAGAACUUGAGAAGAAGUAUUCCCGGAAGGUGGAUGCCCGUUUCGGGUGUUAUGUGGCCUGCAUGCUGCUAGUCUUCUGUUUCGUCUGCUUCAUCCAGCUUUUUGUCGUCCCACAUUCAGUACUGAUGCUUGGACUCUAUAUCAGCAUCUUCUUGCUGCUGACAGUUACAGUCCUAGUCUGUGCAGUCUAUUCCUGUGGCACUCUAUUCCCAAAGUUCCUGCAGCAUCUCUCCCGUAGCAUCGUUUGUUCACGAGCCCACAGCACAGCAGUUGGCAUCUUUUCUGUCUUACUUGUCUUCAUCGCUGCCAUCGCCAACAUGUUUACCUGUAACCAUACUCCUAUACGGGUCUGUGCGGCUCGAAUGCUGAACCUGACACCUUCAGACAUCACUGCCUGUCACCUGCAGGACCUCAACUACUCACUUGGCUCAGAUGACCCUCUCUGUGAGGGUACUACACCUACCUGCAGCUUUCCAGAGUAUUUCAAUGGGAGUCUGCUGUUGAGUCUCCUAGCUGGUUCUGUCUUCCUGCACAUAAGCAGCAUUGGGAAGCUACUACUGACACUUGUUCUAGGACUGCUAUAUCUGGCAUUGCUUCUUCUGGGGCCCCCAGCUGCUGUCUUUGACAACUAUGACCUGCUGCUUCGGGCUCAUGCGCUGUCACUUGUCAAUGGAACUCUGUAUGGGCCAGACUGUCCUGCAGGUGAUAAAGUGGCACUGAAAUAUAUGACACCUGUCAUCCUGUUAGUGUUUGCACUAGCACUCUAUUUGCAUGCCCAACAAGUGGAGUCAACUGCUCGACUGGACUUUCUAUGGAAAUUGCAGGCAACAGGGGAGAAAGAAGAUAUGGAAAAACUCCAGGCUUAUAACCGACGGUUACUACACAACAUCCUACCCAAGGAUGUGGCGGCACAUUUCCUAGCCCGAGAACGGCGUAAUGAUGAACUUUACUAUCAGUCUUGUGAAUGUGUGGCUGUCAUGUUUGCCUCCAUUGCAAACUUCUCUGAAUUCUAUGUGGAGUUGGAAGCCAAUAAUGAAGGUGUUGAAUGCUUACGACUGCUCAAUGAGAUUAUUGCUGACUUUGAUGAGAUCAUCAGUGAAGAACAGUUCAAGCAGCUGGAAAAGAUUAAAACAAUUGGCAGUACCUAUAUGGCAGCCUCAGGAUUGAAUGCAGCCACAUAUGAUCGGGUGGGGCGUUCCCAUAUCACUGCACUUGCUGACUAUGCCAUGCGGCUCAUGGAACAGAUGAAGCACAUCAAUGAACACUCCUUCAAUAACUUCCAGAUGAAAAUUGGGCUGAACAUUGGCCCAGUAGUGGCAGGCGUCAUUGGGGCACGAAAGCCACAGUAUGAUAUCUGGGGCAAUACAGUGAAUGUGUCGAGCCGUAUGGACAGCACAGGAAUCCCUGACCGAAUCCAAACUGCUCCUACAGGACCUCUUCUUCUUGCUGCCCCAAUUCAGCCACGGAGUGGCUGGAGGUUUGGAUAUGGUGUUGUGAAAUGGGCCCAAGCUAGAUUUUGAAAAGAUGAUAUCACAGAGGUGAGCAACUAUGUAUGCUAUUCUCAAGUGCCAAAGAGAGUGGUUCAGGGGACAGAUUUUUCCCUAUGCCUUUUCUGCUCAUGUAGGGGUUCAUUGGUGGGAAAAGGAGUGUCAGGAUAUAUAAUUCCAUCUUGCCCAGUUCUUCCUAGUUGAGCAUCCAAAUAGAAUAAUAGGUAAUAAAGAUAGGGACAAAUUUUAAAUGUUCAGGGUGUGGUAGGGGGCAGUCCUUGCCCCCAACUCCAAUUGUACACAUUGUUGGGACCAAAGAGGGGGUGUGUGCUGGUGUCACCUGGUCUUCGACAGUCUACCCAAGGAUCUUUCUCCAUUGUGUAUCUGAUUUCUUAAUAGUAAGACAGUUCCCUCAUCCUAAGAGACUGGGAAGGAGUGGUCAAGUGGUAGCAGCAGCAGCAAACUCAGCCCUGGUGGAAAGGAAAAGCUGUGGACUAGAUAUCUAUUUUGUGCCAAUCCCAAAGUGCCAUUUGUAUAGAACCUACGUGUGCCUCAUUACUAUUUCCCUGCCCUGGUGAAGAGGGACUGUUUCCCUAAGUUCCUUUUCCCAUUGAAUCUGACUUCUUUAGAGUAUGAUGGGCAGAGGCUCAGGAAUUUUUUAGGAGUGCCCCUAUUUUGGUCUUUGGAAACUUUAUGCCUUCAAGGGUAGGGAGGAAUGGAAACUCAAAUACUAGUACUGGGGACCUUGAGGAUUACCCUAAACUCUACCUUUCCCACCUUUUGGACUUUGGGUCCCAGGUUUGCCUGGUUCCUGCUACAAGAUCUAGAAGGACUGCUAGAGGAAGAGAAGGUUAGAAGUCACAAUUGUUGUGCUUUUCUUCCUGCUUCCCUCUUCUUCUCUUCCAAUCUUUAUGCCUCUGGCCUUUGCUAGUUGGUACCUUGGUUUUUCUAUCUGAACCCUUCAAAUAACAUAUAUGGUAACUGCAAAGUAAAAGAUGAAGGUCCUUUGGGUAGCCAGAAAUUAGGGAGCAAGAGAAGGUCUUCAUGCUGUUUUGUUCCAAGCUACUUUAUUGUUAGGCUCAUUUUAGUACUACUUGUGCUUCCUUUUCAGAUACCUUACUAUGGGCAGAUUUAAGUAUCUGUAUCUAGACUUGGGCACUUGGUACUUUUCCCCUGACUCAAAUUUUGCUGAUUGUCAGGCCCAAACAGGAAAUUACAACAGUCCCAUGAGAAGAGAGGAAAUAUGGCAUAAUGGAAAGAAAAUUGGCCUAUAAAUCAGGAAGGCUUGAAUCCUAAUUCAAGUCCCAUAUGACGCUUUUAUGAACCUGGGCAGGUGACUUAACAAUUGUCAGUACUUCUAGGCAACUCUCUUACAAUCUUAAGCAGCAGAGCAGUGUUGAUUACCUUAGGAGAGGGAAUUUCCUUGUUGGAAUUUCCCCCUAUUUAUGAACAAUCAUGGAUACACUACAAAAAAUAUCAGAAGGGAAUUCCUAUAAUUGGAAACCAUGUGGGAUUGGGGGACAAGAGGGUGUCUGUGGUCAAGCGUUCCCAACCUAGAAAUCUAGGCAGAGUAGGGGAACUCUGAGGGGACCCAGCUGUCCCUAUUUAUUGUCCAGAGAUUGAUUGGGGGGUCCAUCUGUUCCUGAUACCCCUAAUGUUAGUGGGCCCCUUUUCCCUUUGUGCCAUCUCCCUGUCUUCUAUUUCAAAGAGAGGUUUGAGGGGAAAGGUAGAAGACAUUGAGAUUUGAAUUUUUGCAAUUUAACCACUGUGGGGAGCAGGGAUGGGGAGGAUAAUAUAACAUGUAUUUUAAUAAAAUAUUUAAUAUAUUUAAAUGUCAAUAAAAUUAAACUUUGUAAAA